GCUGGUCGUGGCUGUGGCUGCAGCUCCUGGUAUAUGAAAGCAGGUCCAACGCACCUCCAAUUGUCCGUCCGUCUGUUUACAGUUUGCUCUGUCUCCAGCUCUCUCAUCCUGUCUCAGUUCUCAGUACUCGCGUUGGUCUUGGCGUCCAGCGAGAGCAGCAGGAGAGAGAGAUUCUCGACUCUCUGCGCUGUUGGUUUUCCUGGUGCUCUCCUCUCUCAUUACCACUACGAGACUCAUCUACCAUUGCUACAAUUACCACUCGGCAUCACCACGGCUGCGCACAUUACUGCAGUGGGUCGCUGCACGCACGCUCGGUUCAUGAUCGCAUUCCUAUUCGCCCCAGCUCGCAUUUCGUCAUUGCCCUGCUCUGCUUGAGCUCAACCAGUUGAGCGCAAUCUCGUCGCGUCUCGUCACUGGGGAAGAACAGUGCUAGCUCGCGAGCAGGUGAAGCAGCAGCAGCUGCGAGCGAGCGCGGAAGGUCUAGUAGUGCUCGCUGCGCUGUCUCUGCGAGAUCGUUCGCUUUGCUUUUCUCUGCUCUGCUCUGCUCUGGGUGAGGCUGCUGCGCGGUGCUGGGACUGCUGAAGAGCAGCGGCAGCAGAGAAGGAAGGAAUUUCAGAGAGAAGGAAGCAAGGAAACUUGGGAAGCGGGCGGGCGGGCCGGCAUCCGAAUGUCAAUGUCCGGUUGAUGCUGUGGGCUGCAUAGGGGCGGCGAUUCACACAUCGCCUCUCCUCUCUUCUCCUCUCCUCUCCUCCCCUCCGCGAAGAGGCAGCUUAAUUGCAGGACUUGCAACCGGAGCUCCGAAAAUGGUCAUGGAGUCCGUGAAGGGAUAUUACAUGGAUCUGCAGUGCCUCUCGUCAAUGUGGCUCAAGAAAAUCAACGGCGGCUCGCACAAAGAGCGCCUGGAGGAGUUUUACCGUCCUCAGGCAGAAGCUUAUGACAGGUUCCGGGCCAAUUUUUUGCACGGACGACAGCCGCUGCUGGCAGCCUGCGCCGCGAGGCUGCGCGGCUCGACGGGCAUGAUCUGGGUUGAUUUGGGAGGCGGAACAGCGGAGAAUGUCGACAUGAUGGCUCAGCUCAUAGAUCUCGCGUCAUUCGACAAAAUCUACGUGGUGGACAUGUGCGCUGCUCUGUGCAAAGUCGCUCGCGAGAAAGUCCGGCGCAAAGGAUGGAGCAACGUCGAAAUCGUGGAGGGAGAUGCGUGCACAUUCAAGCCGACGAAGCAAGCCACCCUCGUCACCUUCUCCUACUCUCUCUCAAUGAUUCCAACCUUCAUGGACGCCGUGGACCAGUCGACAUCAUACUUGGCAGAUGAUGGAAUGGUUGGCAUAGCGGAUUUCUUCACUUCUGCCAAAUACGAUUUGCCGAAUCGACAACAUUCGUACGCUCAAAGAUGGUUCUGGAGGACUGUCUUUGACUGCGACGGGAUCGACGUCGGGCCCGAGAGGCGCCAGUAUCUCGAGCACAAACUUGCGCCUGUCUUCGAGUUCAACGCCCGAGGAAAGAUCCCUUAUGUACCAUACUUUCAGGCCCCGUACUACAUCUGGAUUGGUCGCCCGAUCAAGUGUGACAAGGUCAACUUGCAGCGCUUUCCUGCGAGAGCAUCCGACGAAUUCGAAGCCAAAAGGCCUCCGACUUUCCCGCCGACGUUCCUCUACUCGUUGUCGUGGGAAGACCCCCGCGAAGAUGACAAAGUUCUGGAGAUCAACCCCAGCGACACCGUCCUCACGCUCACAUCCGGAGGCUGCAAUGCCUUGGAUCUUGUGUACCAGGGUGCAGGACAGGUUGUGGCAGUCGACAUCAACCCUGCCCAGAGUUAUCUCCUCGAGCUCAAACGAGCAGCCGUUCUCCGAUUGCCUUUCGAGGACGUGUGGAAGAUGUUUGGCGACGGUGUCCAUCCCAAAUUCGAGCAACUUCUUGACAGAGAAAUCGCCCCUUUCCUGAGUCAAGGAGCGGCGAAUUUCUGGUACCAAAAGUCUUAUUACUUCAAGAAUGGACUGUAUUAUCACGGUGGCAUGGGACGUCUUCUGCGAGCUGUGAAAAUUCUGGCGAAGGUGACACGGCAGGAGCACUGGGUGGACUGCCUCGUCAACGCGCCGACUUUGGAGAAGCAAAAGGAAUUAUGGUUCGCUACGGUGGGCAAGUGGUUAAGGCAGGCAAAUAUUUUCACCAGGAUCUCUUCAUUCCUCGUCACAAACCGACUUGUUUUGUGGUUCUGCGCCGGAGUCUGCAAGGGGCAACUUAGCUUGAUACGCAAGGAGGAUAACAUAUACGAUUACAUUGUGCGCUGCUUGAACUCGACCGCCGAGUACUCUCACCUUCGGGAUAGCAAUUACUUCUACCGAUGCUGCCUGACGGGCAGAUUUUCGAGGCAGUGCUGUCCUCGCUUCCUCGAACAAGGGCCGUUCUACCAGCUGAAGGACGAAUUGGCAAGAGGGGAGCGACUUCUCAUUCGAACCGGAACAUUCGUUGGCGAAUUGAGGAAGCGCACUUACUCCAAGGUCAUCUUGAUGGACCACGUCGACUGGUUGGAGCAGCCCGACAUCGACACUCUGUGCGAUGCGCUGAGGGACCAAGUCAGACCUGGCGGCCGUGUGAUCUGGAGAAGCGCAUCCAGGCGUCCGGGCUACGCCAAGUGCAUCGAGAAGGCCGGCUUCAAAGUGACUCGAAUUCAAACGAGCGAAUCGUACAUGGAUCGAGUGAACAUGUACGCCAGCUUCUACGUGGCGGUGCGAAACUCGGCGCCCUCGCCCAUCCGAGUCCCGAGCGGCAACGUGGAGUCGACCGACGAGAGGAAGCCAUUGCUGUCUCCCGGGUCUCCGGACUCCGUGCUCUGCACACCGACCGACGCCAAGUGAGCUCGAGGCUUUGUACAUUGAGGAAAAGCACGAGGACAAGGAUGAUGAAGAUGAUGAUGGCGACCGGUGCUCGCCGAGCGUGGGGGCCGGUCCGCCGUCGGGCGCAGACGUGUACGUGAGAUUCGGGAGCCAGGGCCCUUGUAAGAAAGAGACUUGAGCUGCUGCUGCAGUGGGUCGUGGGACCGAUCGGCCGAGACAAAGGUAGAUAGUUGCCGUGAGGAAAAUGUUGCCUGGCUGCUUCAUUUGCAGAACGUGAGGUUGUGCGUGCAGGUGCGAGCGGGGACCAUUCAUUCUUUUCGGACCAGCGGCUUGCGUCGAGUGAGGCUGGUUCGCCGAGCCAUUUUUGCCACAUAGAAAUGGUGUCGAGGGUUUUGUACGAUUUUCCACAAAUGUGGAGGUAGCUGAGAGGGUUUUACGUUGAGCGCUGAAAGGAUUCAGCCGAAUAAAAGUUGGACGAUCCGGCACUGCUCUGCAGCAGCUGCCAUCGAAGCACAUCGGCCUCACGACCUUAUGUACUACGUGGUCUGAAGCACAAGCGGGCAAGUUAUGGAUCAGAGUGCCCCUUCAUAUGAGCUCGUGCCUCCAUAAAAUGGAUCCUCGACAAAUUUUUUAAAUAUUGAGACGGUUCUGGACCAAUGUGUAACAGUUUUAUUUCUGAUAAAUGUAAAUAAAGUUGAUCGC